GGGGGACCAGCACCCCCGAGGCCCGUCUCCUGGGCCGGAGGCGAUGCUCGGCUGGCGCGGCUGAGUCACCGCGAGGGCAAGCCGGGCCGCGGACCCAGCGACAGCCCGCCGACGGCUCAGGGAGCAGCCGCCCGGCACACGGGCCCCGCGGGAGCUCGCCGGGCGGAGCCCGCAGUGCCACGCAGGAGCUGAGCGAGGGCUGCGCGGUGAACUGUCACCGUUGUCACUCUGGACGCGGAAGUGCGCUUUCCUAUUUUGCUUUAAAAUCAGGGCUUGCGGUCUCCCGACCUGUGCAUCUGGUCGAAUUCAGCGGCAAUUCCCCUUCCCAUCCCAGCGCGGCGGCGCAAACCCAGCCUCCGUGCGCGCUUGCUGCCCAGGAGGCACCGCGGGCGCAGGGCAGCCCCUGAAAGGAGACAGCCCCCGAGACUCCGGCCCCGAAAACGGUCAGACCCGCGCCUAGCUCGGCAGGAAGACUGUGACCGUGGGAAUUUCGGCUACCUACCCAAGCAAGAUGAAGAUUCCAUUUGUGGAACCCGCCAUUUGCCUUAGUGUAUUUGCUAUGACUUUGACUGCUCCACUGACAACACAAUAUGUGUACAGGAGAAUAUGGGAGGAAACAGGCAACUACAGCAUUGCACCUGAUAGCAAUGUUUCUGAGUGUGCAAAAAACAAAAGCAGCCCAAUUUUCACAUUCCAGGAGGAAGUUCAGAAAAAAGUGUCUCUCUUUAACCUGCAGAUGGACAUAAGUGGGUUAAUUCCUGGUCUCGUGUCUACAUUCAUGCUUCUGUCUCAUAGUGACCACGGAGGACGGAAGUUCCCUUUGAUUCUGUCUUCUGUUGGUGCUCUUGCAAACAGUGCUUGGCUCUGUUUGCUUUCCUAUUUUGCCUUUCCAAUCCAGCUUUUGAUUGCAUCUACCUUUUUGGGUGCACUUUGUGGCAAUUACACCACACUUCUGGGCGCCUCUUUUGCCUACAUAGUUGAUCAGUGUAAAGAAAAGAAACAAAGAACAAUUCGAAUAGCUAUAAUUGACUUCCUCCUUGGAAUUGUCACUGGAUUAACAGGAUUGUCUUCUGGCUAUUUUAUUAGAGAACUAGGUUUUGUGUGGUCGUUUUUAAUUGCUACUAUGGCUCUUGCUGUUAACUUGAUUUAUAUUUUAUUCUUUCUUGAGGAUUCGAUGAAAGAGCCUUCAUCUCAGAAUGUUUCUAUAUCAUGGACUGAAGGCUUUAAAAACUUAUUUUACCGAACUUACAUGCUUUUUAAAAAUAAUUCUGGUGAGCAACGAUCUUUGCUCUGUUUGUUGCUUUUUACAAUGAUCACUUAUUUUUUCGUGACAGUUGGCAUUUCCCCCAUUUUUAUCCUUUAUGAAUUGGAUUCACCACUCUGCUGGGAUGAAGUUUUAAUAGGUUAUGGAUCAGCUUUGGGUAGUGUCUCUUUUUUCAGUAGUUUCCUAGGAAUAUGGCUUUUUUCUUAUUGUAUGGAAGAUAUUCACAUGGCCUUCAUUGGAAUUUUUACCACCAUGGUAGGAAUGGCUAUGACUGCUUUUGCCAGAACAACACUGAUGAUGUUUUUAGUCAGGCUGCCAUUCCUUUUCACUGUUGUGCCACUCUCUGUUCUACGGUCCAUGAUAUCAAAAGUGGUUCGUUCUACUGAACAAGGCACCAUGUUCGCUUGUCUCGCUUUCUUAGAAACACUUGGCGGAAUCACUGCAGUUUCUACUUUCAACGGAAUUUAUUCAGCCACCGUUGCUUGGUACAAAGGCUUCGUCUUUCUGCUCUCCGCUGUUUUAUUACUAAUUCCAGCCAUCAGUCUAUGUGCUGUCACGUGCAUCAGCAGGAAUGCGGGAAGCUAUGUCCUGCUUAUACAAGAAGAAUCCAGCGGAGACACUUCAGACAGAUGAUUAAUUGUGAUUUGAAAAAAAUCCAAAUGCUCAUAUCAUAUACCCUUGACUUCUGAAGGAUACAAACUAGCUCCACAAUCAGCACUUCAUGAAUAAUCAAGGCUGCAAGUCCUUUCUUCUAAACAGUCAGAGAAAUAGUUGCUGCUCUAGCUUCUUACAGCACCAUGCGCUUUGAGCACUUUACGAAGAUCAUGUGACAUAUUCCCAGUAGAUAAAAGAACAAAUCUCAAGACACCUCCCACUUUGGGAUUUACAAAAGAAACUGAAACUGAUCGGUAUAAGAUGGGACUAAGAAAUCUGAUACAAUCAAAAGCAAUAAUCUCCCUGAUACACUCCAGUCUCUCACAUUAAGACAAGGAAGAACUCUUUGUCUGCCUCAGUUUCUUCAUCUGCAAAAUGACUUUUUGACCCCUCUCAAAGAUUUUGAAGGAAUAACUGUUGAAAAUUAUGAUGAGUCAGUCGCUUAUAGGAAAAUGAUAGAAGUUUCAAGUAUUCAUAAUAUAAUUUUCUUCUACUUGGGUAAUGCUUUGUUUUUUAGAGCCCAUCAAGGUGUUAGUGAUAGUCAAAGCUCUCAGUAGCUGCAAUAUCCUUCAAAGGGAAGAACUUUAAUGAAUACGUUUUCACUUUUCCUAAUACGUUUCAUCAGUGACAGGCAUGAUAAUAUUUCCAUAAGUAACACAGGGGUGACUGAAAAAAAAGAUUACAAGUAGUUCCUAAAGAAAUGUAAAAACUGAGUAAACAGGCAAUCAUGAUGUAAAGUAACUAGUAUUUAUAGAGUCAAUAUUCAUUCCUUCUUUCUGUCAAAGGGUAUCCAUCUCUUACUGCCUUAUACUCAUCCUGGGACCACCAUGGUCCCUGAAAACACUGCAUCCUCUCCUGCCUCCUGUCUGCACACGGGGUUCCAUGGGGCCUUCUUCCCUCCCUACGUUGAAACUUUUAAGUCUCAGCCAAGGCAUAGCUUCCGCUUCCUCCGUGUCCCUUCCGGACAUUUCUACCCUCACCUCCUGCCCACCUCCACCCCCCACCCCCGUCCCUGCAGGGCUCCCACAGCUCUCUGGGUACUGCCAUCCAAGCAUUUUCCCUUGUCUUGUAAUGUUUGUUCCCCUACUAGACAAUGAGCAGCUGAGGACAGGGACAAUCUUUGAUUCCUCAUUAUAUCCACAAUAAAAUUUGAACUAAACACAGAGUUUUGUUUUCACUUGUAAAAAUCAU